AUGCUCAUCGUGAUUGAUGAGGAGAAUUUCCAGACGCCGCUAGACACACCACAUCCAAAGGACUGUCCUCGGGACUGCUAUGCGAAGCUUGUUGAGGCGUGGCAGGAGCCCGAUCUACCGUUUCAAGGGUGGGUGAGGUGUUCUUUGCGGGGGAUUUGGGGGUUGUGGCCGAAUACGCAAGGUGGAGAUUAUAUGCGGAAGAGCUAUGCGCCGAUUAGAGAGUAUCGGACUGUGUAUUAA